AUGGCGUCGGGACGCGAUGUGCGCGACAUGCUCGGCCUGCCCGCCGGCAGCGACGCCCCGAAGACAGUCGCUCAGAAGCGCUCCAAGCCCGCGGGGCCGUCGAGGAAAAUCCAGGGCGUUGCGCGCGAAGUUGCGGCGCUGUAUGGCGAGCGACCUCCCCCCGUGGCUGUCUACGAGGAGAAGAAGGCGUACCGGGCGAAACGGCAGAGUACGGGGCCGGCGAAGAAAUGGAUUCAGCAGCCGUUUACGAAUCCGGCGCGUGCUGAUGGGCUGGUCUUGAGGCAUUGGCGCCGGAAGCCUAUGUUUGCCACGCCUGUGCGGGAAGGGGAGGAGUUGAGCAUGCGACAGGGCGACGAGGUGGCUGUGCAGGAAGAUGACAACCCCGACGCAUACCUCGAAUCGUGCGCCGACUACGUCAAGUACGACAUCAAGAUUGAUCGGGUGGAAUAUACAGACGAGGACUACGAUGCGCAUCUGCGGAGCGACGACUGGAGUCGCGAAGAGACGGACUACCUCGUUCAGCUUGUGGGCGACUAUGCCUUCCGCUGGGCCGUCAUCUGGGACCGUUACGACUUCCAGCCGCCACGGCCGUCGUAUCUGCAGCAGGACAACGACCAAGCACUGGCAACGCUGCCCUUCUCCCCCUCCAAGAAGCGGUCGGUCGAGGACCUCAAGGCGCGCUUCUACGACAUCUCAGCCCGCCUGAUGAAGCAGCGCAUCCCGGAAAUGCACAUGGACGCCGAGCAGUACAGCACCUACGAAAUGCUCACAAAGUUCGACCCCAUCAUGGAGCGCAACAGAAAGCACCUCGCCGCCGCCCUGAUCAACCGCACCAUGGACGAAGUCAAAGAAGAAGAAUUCCUCCUCACCGAGCUCCAACGCAUCAACAUGGCCGCCAACCGCCUCGACGCCGAGCGCGAAGAGCUGCGAGCCCGCCUCGACGCCCCCCCACCAAACACAUCCGCCGCCCCCGGCCUCCAAGCCUUCACAUCCUCACAAGCCCUACAGCAACUCUUCCAGCAACUCUUCCAGCAAGAUCGCAGCAAGAAACGCGCAGCAGGCGGCGGCACCGCACCAGGCCGCCUCAGCCUCUCUGCAAACGACAUGGUCCACACCCCCGGCUCCGCACAAGCACAACUCUCCGCCGCAAACCGCCGCCAAAGCAUGGCCACCUCCGCUGCCCAACAACAACACCACAACCACCAACAAACCGCCCCGCAAACCCCUGUCAAACACCUCUCCCCCCACCAGGAACUCCGCUUCAACGUCUCGACCCACGACCGCCUCACCUCGGGCGUCACCUUCGGCUCAGACAAGCUGCUUAAAAUGCGCCAGGCCAAGAGUAACGUGCAGACGCAGAAGAUUGGCGCGGCGCUCGCGGAACUUGGCAUCGCGGAUGUUAUUAGCAUUCCGACGAGUCGCGUGGGGGAUGUGUUUGAGAGUUUGGUUACGAAGGUGGGGAAGCUGCUUGAUGUGCGCAAGGUGCGCGAGAAAGAGGAGGGGGAGUGUCGCGUGUUGAGGGCUAUGAAGGAGAGGAGGAGUGCGGAGGGUGGUGGGGAGAGGAGGGGAAGGGCGGGUGGGGAGGAUGAUGCGGAGGGGGAUGUGGAUGGGGAUGUGGAUGAUGCUGAAGGAGAGGGGGACUUGAUGGGUAUGGGUAAUGAUAUGGAUAUGGAGGAUGAUGAUGGCGAUGGUGAUGCAGAUGGAGACGGAGAUGGAGACGGAGAUGGAGACGGCGAUGGCGAUAUGGACGCAGAGGGCGAAGACGAUAGUAAGCAGGCUAGUCGCGCGACGAGCCAGGGCGCUGCUGGUGCGGCGGGGACGGGGCAUAAAAGGAGCGCCAGUGCGUUUAGCCAGGGGAGUCCGAGGAGCGAGAAGAGGGUUAGGACGUAG